UUGUUUUGAAAAUUGUACGUCUUCAGCGGUCUUCAGGGAAGGUUGUGUGCUGGUUUUACGUUUUACUGUAACUGCUGUAUUCAGUAUCACAAAGCAGUAUAGCAUCCGGUAUCGGUUAUUUGUAAUAUUUCAGACCGCUGUAUUGAAUACUGGGGAAUUUUUGAAACGCGAUUGUGAGGUGUGUUGGAAAAUACCUGUAGCAUGUGGCAAUCAUCCAGACUGACUAUGGGUCAUUCACCUUCCUAUCUGGGCUGUUUCCUCAGGAAUAAAGCUUCAGGAACUGUGAAAUCAGCUGAGGUGACUGGAUGUCUGUAAAGAGAGAACUUGACUUCAGUGUUCUGCAAAUAUGGCAUCCUCCAUCACCAGUGCAAAUAUCACCAAUAUUGAGAGUGACCCAGAUGUGACGUUUAGAACUUCAGAUGAGAAUUCUGGUGAUAUGGCAGUAGUAACGUUCAAAGAAGAAGCCUUAAGUGAUGAUGAAAGUAUUUUGAAUUGUGACAGUAUUGAUGAUUUCUAUGAAUUUGCAGAUACUUCACUUCCUGUGGAUGUAGAGUGUUCAGAAUUAGUGAAGGAUAAUGUAAUACAGGCUAGUAAUGAGACACCAAAACAUGGCUCUAUUCUUGUAAGCUUACUUGCUGAUUCUCCACUGAAAAGUUACCAACAAAUGUACAUUGAUGUUGGAACUACUACGAAUAGUAUUUCUGAGUCCUCAUUAAAAUUCAACUUGAUGGGAAACAAAAAUAUAAUUGAGAAAUAUCAACAUCAGUCAGAGGUUACAAGUCCCCUCAAAAUAGAUAAAGGGAAGGUGGUGCAACUAGAACCUCAGAAGUCUCAAACAGUAGAAACACAGGUGUCUCAGCCUGUUGAGCAUCAGUUCAAGUGUCUUCACUGCAGUGAAGUAUUUGAGCUUAAAAGUCAGCUAGAAAUGCACGAGAUUGGCCAUAAGCAGUUUAAAAGUUGCAGUAACUCAUUGUCAAGGCAGGAGGUAAUUAUAAAAGAGGAAGUUUUGAGUGAUGAUGAAGUGUUCAUGAAUGAUGCAUCAGCUAAUGAAUAUUAUAAUACUGAAGUUACUUCGCUUCCAGUAAAUGUACAGUGUUCGGAGAUUGAAAAUCCUAACUCUGUUAGUCUUGGAAGGAACACAUCAGAUAAUGGUCUGAAUGGCAUAGAUGUAUAUGCUAAUUCUACACUGAAAAAUCAUCAUGGUAUUCGUAAUGAUGUGGACUCUGCUUUGGGAAGUGAUACUAAGUUAGUAAAAUUGUGUUUGGCACCGAACAAAGAUACAAUUAGAAAACAUAGAAAACACACCACAAACUUGGGAUCUGUUAAUAUGACUGUUAAAAAUGUAAUGCGACAACAACAGUUUGAGAUGGAGCCUAAGAUUGCACGCUGUUAUGGGAAGUCUGUUGAACAUCAGUUCAAGUGUCAGGAAUGUGGUGAAACAUUUGAGCUUAAAAGCUAUCUUGUAAAUCAUGAGCUUAGUCAUGAUCGCUAUCGAAAAUACAAGCCACCUCCAACGGUUGAGUAUGUGAAGCCAACACAUGCAACAAACUGUGCUGAAUCUGUUAAUGUGAAUGUUAAGAAAGCAAUGCAGCAGCGGCAUGAGAAGAAAACCAGUUCUGCACCCUCUUCUUUUGCAAUGUGUUACAUUAUGAAUCAAUCAUAUAGAACAAACUAUCUCAAUUCCGUAAAAGUGAAUAAAAAAAAAGUGCAGCAGCAUCUUAAACGGCUUAUGCGGCCCGCGGUUCAGCCCACUUGUGACACAUCAUCUGAAGGACAUCGGUUCAAGUGUCAGGAAUGCGGAGAAAACUUUGAGCUAAAAAGCUGCCUUGUAAUGCAUGAGGUUAGUCAUGAGCACUCUAGAAGGUACAAUUCACUUCCAAAGCUCAAAUAUAUGGAGAAGCCACAUGCAACAUACUCUGCAGUUGGAUCUGUUACCGUGAAUGAUAAAAAAGCAAUGCGGUUGCAGCUUGAGAUGAAGCCCACAACUGAAGACUCUUAUGAAACCGUAUCUGUUGAACAUAGGUUUAAGUGUCAGGAAUACAGGCAAGCUGUUAAGCCUAAAAGCCAUCUUUUAAUCCGUGAGAUUGCUCAUGGAAGAUACAUAACGUGGUCAAAGUGAGAUCAACAUAUCUACAUAUGUAAAGAAUGUGACACUAAUGUUGAACAUAUAUUCAUUAUAUUAUGCAUGAGCCGUGACACGUGAAGGACAGGACUAAACUACACUAUUAUAGAAGUGAACCAUCACCUAAUGCUUCAGCAUUCUGUACAUAUUGUAGUGUGUAGACUCAUACACAUGACAAUAUAUUGUGCAUAUGUAAUCAUAAUGAAAAACAGACUUCAUGUUUAAGGUCUUACUUGCAGAUACAUUUUAAAAAGAAAACAGUUGAGAUCCACUGCAGUGGAAGCACAAUAAAUUUGCCUUAAGCUAGUACCUUCUGAGAACUGUUUGUAGACUGUCCAAUAGAAACCUUUCCAUGUAAAAAGACUGUUAGUUGGUGUGGGAAAGUUAGCACCAAUGUCUUCAAGUUUGGCAUGCCAUGGAUAUGGUAUGAUUGCUGGGAUGUGAAGCUGAAACAGAAAAGUGUCGUUAAUCUAGGAAUGAAUAAGGGAAUUCUGGAACAGAAGUCGAUCCUCAUACAUAUUGUUUAAGUGUAUGUUCACUGACAAGUCAUUGACCUAAUCACUAGUGUUUUCACAAAUCUGUCUACUUUUAAGAAUAUGAUGACUUUGAUGACUUCAAAAUUGGACAGCAUUUUUUACUGUCUUUUAAUAAAGGGACUAUUGAGGCAUUUUAUCUGCAGAAUGAGUUAAUUAUGUGCAAUCCCAUCUACUUGCUUUGAUGAUUAAAUUACCCUCGCUCCUCUCCACAUCAGAAGUUCUUAAUGCUAGCUACUUUCCAGUAAGACAAGAUUUAAGAGCAGAGACCAUAAUAAUAUAGUGAUGUGCAGUUAACAUGCUUGGGCCUCAAAACCUCUGGUGGAUCUGCUCUGUCUUGAUGCAGCCCCAGUUUAACAGUAAAUAUUGUUAGAAGUACACCCAUUGCUAGGCAAUGAGUGGUGAACAAGAUACGGCGAAGACAGAUUCUUGAUAAACAGUCUGUUGCUAAGUUACUCAACAGAUGAGGCUUUGGUUUCUGUGUUUGCUGUUCCACUCAGCAGUGGAAAGAGUGGGGUUAUGCAGCCCAUUGCCAGGCAACAUCUCUGUAAACAUUAUAUGCAAAAAUGCAACAGUAGGGCAAGCUCAUGCAGGAGUGGUGACAUCACAGAGCAACAGUAGGUGGCCGUUAUGUGACGUGUUUCCUGUGUGUCUGUCAGCUUGUGCAUGUGCAGUGACAUCACAGAGCAACAGUGGGUAGGAGUUGCAUGAUAUGUGUUUACUGUUGGUCGGUGUCGGUCCCUCAGCUAUAUAAAUGAGCAGAGUUCCUAAGUCGGCAGUGUGGAGAGAGAGAUAGUAGUGGCGGAAGCACGCUAACAGAGUGAUUUGAACCCGGAGUACAGGAGGUCGGCUUGUGAGGAUUUGAUGUGUGAUUUGAAGAGUUUAUGUGUGCAAUGGGAUUGGGAGUGUAAUUUAGUGAGACUUGUAGUUCUGCGUUUUAAUUGUGGCACCAGGAGAAGACUAGAGUGUGUGUGUAAAUCAAUGAUAGUGAUGUAUUUAAGUGUAAUUAAGAGAAAGUGUGUGUGUAACUGAAAUGCUAAUAAAUCCAUCUGGACUAGAACCCAUUAUUCUUGUCAUGUGUACCACCCUGCACAUUACAAUAUUAUUCUGUAAACAUAUCUUAAUAUGAUUCAUAAGGAUAAAAUGUAAAAAAAUAAAGCCGUUAUAAGAAGGUGCCUUUGAGAUCAUCUAAAUCACGGUUAAUGUUAGGAGUGAACCUUAUGCAUUACGUUGUCAUAGUAUCUUGCACACAAACACUGUAUAUCGUGUUUUUACUGGUGAUUCAACAAAGUGAAAUAAACAUGCAUAAUAAGUA